AGCCGCUCGGUCGCAAGUUCAACUCGAAUCAAAACCAAAAUUCAAAUCCAAUCUUCAGCAUGAAGUACACAAUUGCCCUCGUCUUUGCCGCCCUCUUCGCCGUGGUGCUGGCUGCGCCCGCACCCGAUGCAGAUGCUCAGAUCCUGCGCCUGGAAUCGGACGUCAGGCCCGAGGGCUACAACUUUGAUUUGGAGACCAGCGAUGGCAAGAAGCACCAGGAGGAGGGAGAGCUGAAGAAUGUCGGCACCGAGCAGGAGGCCAUCGUUGUCCGCGGCUCAUACUCCUUUGUGGCCGAUGAUGGACAGACCUACACCGUCAACUACAUUGCCGACGAGAAUGGUUUCCAGCCCGAGGGCGCUCAUCUGCCCAAUGUGCCAAUUGGCAACUAAAAGGGGAAGCGGGAACACAAACCGAGAGCUGUUCUAACUAUAAUGGUUUUAAGUUGAUUAUUAAAUAAAUGCGGCAAAAGAAACUC